AUGGAGAUCCGGACCAAGGACGACGCAUGGCGCCUGCUGCUGGUGCUCUUCCUUGGCCAGCUCGUGGCCUUCUCCAUGGCGGCCUGCAGCUUCGCCUCCUCUUUCAUCGCCAAUCUCGGAGUUGACACACCACUCACGCAAUCAUUCUGCACACAUCUCCUGUUGACCUUAGUUUAUGUGCCGAUCCUCUUGCGUCGACGACAGAAGCUGCGGAUACCUUGGUAUUGGUACUUAGUGCUGGCCUUCGUCGAUGUCCAGGGGAACUAUCUGGUUACCGAGGCGUACCAGUACUCAUCCAUCACCAGCGUAACAUUGUUGGAUUGUUGGACUGUUGUAUGGGCCAUCAUACUCACCUGGUACGCACUAGGCACGAGAUAUUCUUUCUGGCAAUUUCUGGGGGCAGGGACCUGUGUGGCUGGGCUAGCUCUUGUGCUCCUUUCAGAUGCAAAAACUCCAGAUACACAGGAUCCAAAUAAAACACCACUUCUAGGGGAUGCCCUUGUUAUUGCCGGGACAGUUUGUUAUGCAUUUAGCAAUGUCAGGGAGGAGCACUGUGUCAAGAAGAACGACAGAGUAGAAGUUGUCGCAAUGCUUGGACUAUUUGGAGUGCUUGUCAGUACAAUUCAGAUAUUUAUGUUUGAAAGGAAGAGCGUAGAAGCAAUUGCCUGGUCUCCAACAAUGAUAAGUUUGUUUGCAGGAUAUGCCGUUGCAGGAUUUAUGUUCUACACCAUUGCUCCUUUUGUCCUUCAGAUGAGUGGAGCAACAUUGCUUAACCUCUCGCUCUUAACAUCUGACAUGUGGGCAGUCGCCAUUCGAGUAUUUUUCUAUCAACAACAGAUAAACUGGUUGUACUAUCUAGCAUUCGCAGUUGUGGCCAUCGGAUUGAUCAUCUACUCACUGAAUGAGAAUUCUUCGGCUGAUGCAACAGCUACAAGUACAGAAGCAGCCGCUCACUAUCAACUACUUCCAAGUGAGGAGAGCUCAAUAGGAAGUGGUUCCAAUUUGGACAGAAAAGAAAGGAAGCAACCAGAAGCUCACAUCUGUUAA